ACCGCCGCCGCCCUCACCACCUCCAUUUUUACCUCAACCGGACCGCCACGGCGCACUCCCCUUGCGAGUAGCGAGUUUAUUCACCACCACGGCGACGACGACGGCGAAACAUCCCCAAGAUAUACGGCCCCCCCGCAACAUACGGCCCCCGGCGCCCGGCACCCUACCCGCUUGCCAAGAAGGUCGUCUUGGUGACGACGACGACGACGACGACGAGGACGACGGUGUACGAUAUCAUCAGUAGCGAGCGAGGACAGGCAGUGGAAGGCAAGGAGUCUGCGGAGUGCAGCCCACGUGCGCGCGCCGUUCUACCCCGAUCCGAGUUCCUGGGAAACCGGUGGUAUCAUCACAUCACGUCCUCCACUUCCAGUACCGCGCCACUUCGCGCAGUACAGAACAGGACGGCUCGGGCACAGGCACCAUCGAACCCCAGCUGCGCGCGCACGCAGUUCAAGCUGGCGUCGCACGCUGCAACACUCCUUCCGCGGCGGCAUUGUGGCCGCGAAGGCGCUGCAGACAGGACGGCGGGCGGAUAGAGCAUAGGCAAAUCGCAUACCACUCACCGUCCGCAUUGACGCCUGCAUACUUCUGACCGAUUCUAUUGCCAUUGCGAGCAACGCCAGUAUCAGCACCCACACCACCACCACCACCACCCUCACCGCCGUCACCACCACCGCCGCCACCACCACCACUACUAUCCCCUCACCAUGAACGGCUACGGGAGCUACAAUGGCGGUUACAGUGCGGACCAGCACCACGAUGACGGCGCAACGAAUGUCAUGCAGAUGAUGGGCACAGAUGGUAUGGGUGCAAUGGCGGGCGGCAUGGUGGGCGGCCAGACACUGGACGACAUUGUCAGUCAGAAUGCAAAGAUGAUACGACGGCAGAGUAUGCCCAUGGCCCAGAAUUACAACGCCAGUCCGCACCAUCUGACCCCCGACAUGCGCCGCAUAUCGAUGAUGGACUAUGGCGCGAACUCGCCCGCAGCAUCCAUGAACAGCUUCCAGUAUGACCCUAGCGGAGGCAUGGAUGGCACUGGAUUUGCUUCGGGAGCCGUUACGCCUGCUGCCAGCAGCCAGCAACCACGAAGGACGCAAACCAGUCGGCGGCUGUCCGGUGGAGAAGUGUCGCUCGAUACCAGCUUUCAAAAUGGCCAGCAGAACUACACUUCGAUGAUGGCUCCCAAUUCUGCCAUGGACACCUCUCCGGCCCACGCUUCCGCGACAAUCGAUAUGAGUGCCAUGCAGGCCAGUCCGUACAUUGAUAAUAGCAUGACCAUGAAUAUCGACGACUAUGGGGUCGAUGCCAAUGGUCUCAGCUCCGCCUUGAGUCAGGACCCGAUGCAUAUGAAUCUUUACAACCAAUCACAGUUCAAUACAUCCAACUUCAGCUCCCCCAUUCAUCCCUCUCAACAGCAGCAGCAACAACAGCAGCAGCAGCAAGGCGGAGUGACGCCACAAUCAGGGCGAUUAUCCUCUCAUGAUCCUGGAGGCGGCAGUGGCCAGCACUCCCAAUAUGGUACUCUGGCCGCCCCUCAGCCCGCAGCUGGUCGACAAUUGUCGCGAACGCAAAGUCUGCAGGUUCCAGAUCAUCUCGGUAGCCCUGCCCAUGGCUCGUCUCCACAUGGGGCGUCGCCGAUGAGCGCGGCGGUAUCUGUGCACUCCUCCCGGCCGCCUUUACAAAGUUCGUUGUCCCACACGUCCAACACGGGUAGCAAUGCUGGUUUCGCAGGACAGCCUCAGCAUCCCAUUCCAGGCUCGAGUGAAGAUCGCGGGAUGAACCGCCAGCUUGACGGCGUCAACGGACCCGUGCCUGUCAAGGCCCAAAAUUACAAUCCCAACAACCAGAAUUUUCCAUGGGAAAUGCCCAAAGGAGGGUGGCCGUCGACCAUGGUCGGCAAGCCUCAUAUGCAGUCUGUCUAUAAGAAUGCGUACUCUUCGACCGGAUUUGAUAUGCUCGGCGUUUUGAUGCGGGUUGCGACGCGGCCCAACCCCGAGCUCAACAUCGGAUCGGUCGAUCUGUCAUGCGCCUUUGUGGUGUGUGACGCUGAAAAGGACGACUUUCCCAUUGUCUACUGCUCCGAGAACUUCGAACGCUUGACAGGCUACACGAAACAUAUGAUUCUGGGCCGCAAUUGUCGAUUCCUGCAAUCACCCGACGGCAACGUGGUGCCUGGCAUCAGGCGGAAGUAUGUGGAUGAUGACUCUGUGCUGUACCUGAGAAACAUGGUCAAUCUGCGGCGAGAAGCCCAGAUCUCGCUCAUCAACUACCGGAGGGGAGGUCAACCAUUUAUGAACCUACUCACCAUGAUCCCCAUCACAUGGGACUCUGACCAAGUGAAGUUCUUCGUUGGUUUCCAGGUCGAUCUUGUGGAACAGCCGAAUGCGGUGACGAACAAAAAUCCAGACGGAUCGUAUUCGAUCAACUAUCAACGCGGCAUGACCAUGCCUCGGUAUGUCAUGAAUGCGCCGGAUCCUUCCAUGAAAGCAGAGACGGGACAGACGGUGCCCCGCGACGACGUGUCGGCCAUUCUCAGCACCAUUGGCAGUGGUGAGUCCGAGUACGCUAAGCGCAUGUGGGACAAGGUACUGCUCGAGAACACGGACGAUGUCGUGCAUGUGCUGUCACUCAAGGGGCUCUUUCAAUGGAUCUCACCUUCAGCACUGCGCGUGCUCGAGUAUGAGCCCAGCGAGAUCAUCGGCACCGCACUCAGCUCUGUCUGUCAUCCUAGCGAUAUUGUGCCGGUGACGAGAGAACUCAAGGAUACCUCCACUGGAGCUUCCGUCAAUGUGGUCUUCCGCAUACGCCGCAAGCUCAGUGGGUACAUGUGGUUCGAAGGGCACGGUUCGCUGCAUACGGAACAAGGCAAAGGCCGCAAGUCGAUCAUCAUGGUGGGCCGCGAACGACCGGUCUAUGCUCUCAGCAAGAAUGAGAUUGGCAUUUCCGGUGGCAUUGGCGAACACGAGCUGUGGACGAAGAUGUCCACAUCGGGAAUGUUUUUGUUCGUGUCGUCUAACGUGAGGCAAUUGCUCGACCGACAACCGGACGAGCUUGUUGGAGUCAGCAUCCAGUCGCUCAUGCGAACCGAAUCCAAGACCGAGUUUGGCAGAAUCCUCGAACAUGCACGGACAGGCAAGAAGGCAUCUGUCAAACACGAGAUGAUCAAUCGAAGGGGCCAAGUGUUGUCGGCAUACACCACACUCUACCCGGGUGAUGCUGUCGAGGGCCAGAAACCGACUUUUAUCGUGGCACAAACCAGAUUGAUCAAGUUCUCGCGAGGUAACACCAGCGGUCGACCUCCCAUAACCACGAAAAAGGACUCUUCGGAAUCGUCGCACUCGAUGGGUCUGCUGCAGACCAGUGCCGCACUGCGAGAUGGUAAUGAUACGCCUAAUUCGCAUGGCUCUGCUAACAUGUACCGUACUACGAACGAGUCCGCCACCACGUACUCUGGCGCAAAUGGCCUGUUGAUUGGACAUCAAGACCAGACAUUGGCUUCGGACGACAAUCUAUUUGACGAGCUCAAGACCACCAAGUCUUCAUCGUGGCAGUAUGAGAUCCGCCAACUCGAGAAACGCAACCGCAUGCUCGCGGAAGAGGUCCAAUCACUCAUUGCGGCCAAGAAGAAGCGGAAGCGGAGAAAAGGUGCCGGUAACCAGCAAAAAGAUUGUGCCAACUGUCACACUCGCGUCACUCCGGAAUGGAGAAGGGGACCCAGCGGCCAGAGAGAUCUGUGCAAUAGCUGUGGUCUUCGUUGGGCGAAACUCAACGGCCGUGUGUCUCCUCGUACGCCGUCUCAACACAGCGUCCAGUCUGCACAGAGCGACAAGGCGAGCAAGGCCUCUGCAUCGCCGCGACACAAUCUCACCAAGACUGAACCAAGUCCCUCCGAUGGGGCACACGCUGCCCAUGCCGAUGGCACGUCGAGGGAGUCGCCCAACAAGACGACGCAUCGGCCGCAGCAAGGCCCGGAAGGCUUUGCUGCGACCAUGGAAGGUGCAGUGGGUGUACCGGGAAAGAUAGAUGAAGGUAUCGAACCGGAUUGAUGGGGGUCCACGGUGGUACGGAGUUGGGUGUCGUGACACGCUUUUCCACAGAAAUGUGUUGUCAUCAUCGCCUCGACACUGUCGCCUUGGAUCUAAAUCUGCACGCAUCAUUCGCACACAUGGAUGACUGACACCAUGCACGAGAUGCCUCGAUUGGAGGCUCCCAUCAGCCAGACGCUGUACUGCUGCAACUAUGAGGAGCGCUUCAGCCAUGGUGAAGCUCAGAAUCAUGGAAAAGUUCGGGAGAGAAGCCCGGCUACGAUUCGGCCAACGAUACCGCAUCUCGCCACAAGAUCUGUCCACGAGCGAUCAGGAGGGGAGCUUAGUCAAUGCGCCCCAUGAAUCUCUCUCAACAGGCUUUAAUUGUGCCAAUGACGGCAACAUACCGUGUGGCAUCAUGGCGCAUGGCGCAUGACGCAUGAGGAUGAGAGUCGAGGUUCUCAGUCUUCAGGACGAGUGGCAUACUGCGCGAAACUUGGGUGGAAGUAUCGAUGGACAUUUGCGAUGAAGACAUUUUGAUCUGAUCAGACAUUCCACAUUGUGCACAGGGAGGGACUGGAACAGGCUGAGGCCACCGCAGGGAUGAGUGGCCGUCCAGUUUGGGAGGGCGGUGGAAAUCCUUUUUUGAAAAAGUCGCGAGAGAAAGAGUUGUGCUUUUUUUAUUUUUUUCCUCUCUCAAAUUUGCGAACCUCGAUACCCAGUGAUUGAUUGAU